AUGAAGUACUCUGCCGCCCUCGCUCUGGCUUCGGCCGCUGCCGUCAGCGCCGACUGCUCCAUUACUUCCUUCCUGGAGAAUGGAAACUGGUACUGUGAGGCAGUCCAGCUCAUCAGCUACGCCGGUCUCGACACCAGCGGUUCUUACAAGGCCGUCUCCAACAUGGACACAAGCACUGGUGACUGCACCUUUGAGUCCAAGUCUUACUCUGGCUCCAUUGCCCCAUUCGACGAAGAGCUCUCUGUUCACAUUCGUGGUCCCACUCAGCUGAAGCAGUUCGCCGUAUACACGCCCGCCUCUGCUUCCACCAAGAAGCGCGCAGAGCACAAGUCUCACCACAAGCGUCACGGCCACCAGCACCUCCACACCAAGAAGCACACCGAGUCCCAGAAGGAGGAGGCCCGUGCCGUCGGCGACAUUGUCACCGCCACCAUUGAUGGAAAGGUUGUUUCCUGGAUCAACACCUGGUCCGGUGAGGAUUCCGAUGACUCGGCUUCUUCUGCUACCACGACUAGCGCUGCUACGUCGACCACCAAGGCCAAGUCCUCCAAGAGCAGCGCCACCUCCACCGCGACUGCCGCUGCUGCCACCGGUGACUACCAGCGUAUCGCCUACUACAAUGCCGAGGAUGGCACUGCCGAUGGUGUCACUUUUGUUGGUGCCUGGGGUGGUGUUGCUGGAUCCGGUACCUGGGAUACCAAGUUCGGAAACAGUCUUUCCUACCUGAGCGCCGAUGGUACCACCGGUGCCGAGUCCUCGACCGUCCUUGACAACGUCCUUGUUGGUGACAACGUCGAGUACGCCAUCUUCUCCGACGUCGAGUGUACCGCCGACGACGCUGACUGCGGCUACUACCGCCCCGACUCCGUCGCCUACCAGGGCUUCGGUGGUGCUGACAAGGUCUUCCUGUUUGAGUUCACCAUGCCUCUUAGCGGCGAGACCUCUGGCACCAACCCCGACAUGCCUGCUAUCUGGCUCCUGAACGGAAAGAUUCCCCGCACCCAGCAGUACGGUGACUGCUCUUGCUGGGCCACUGACUCGGACAGCGAUGGCUGUGGUGAGGCUGAUCUUUUCGAGGUUCUGUCCCAGGGUGACACCAAGGCCAAGUCCACCUUCCACUUCCUCAACUCGCUCGGCAGCUCCGACUACUUUGAGCGCCCCACCGAGGACUACAUUCAGAUCGCCGCUGUCUUCCGCUCCUCCGACUCUACUGCUUCCAUCAAGGUUCUGGACUCGUCGAUCGACUUUUCCUCGUCCCUUACCACGGACACUGUCGAUGGUUUCAUUAGCGAGACUGACAGCCUGCUGUCCACCAUCAUGGACUUCAUCUCUUCCCUGUAA